AUUAUGCUGUUUUUGAUAUUAAUUGCAUUAGCAUCUUCAUUAAGAAUUCCAAAAAACUUUUUCAUUUCUAAUAUUGAGCGUACAGUGUCAUUAUCUGAUAGAUAUGUAUAAAUUCAAUCUAAAGUAAUAAUGAAAAUAAUUUUAAGAUAACAUUUUAAAAUGAUGGUGUAAUUCCAAUUGAAAAGAUUUAUUAUACAAUCCAUAAUGCAUUAUUAGAUAGAUUAUAUAAUGUCAAUAUAGAUGAAAGCAACUCGAAUAAAAUAAUAGAAGAUGUGGAUGUGAAAUAUAAAUAGAAUGCGACAGUCUAUGAAUUUACAUUAUCAAGACCAAUUGAACCAUCAUCUAAUUUGGAAGUAGAAUUAUAAGAGCAUUAUUAUAAAAGAUAUAAACCAUUACCAAAAGAGAUUGGAUUAGAAGUAUUUGUCAUAAUAAAUAUAAUUAGGAUGAAUAAUUAGUCUAAUUUAUGGAUUCCGUAUAUUUUUUCACUCCUUAUUUAGUAAAGAAUCAAAUAACUUAUUAUGAGACACCAAAAAUUAUGUAAUGAUUUUAUAUAAAUAAUAGCUCUUAUUCAUUGAAAUCAGCAACUUAAAGAAAUUAACUUUUAGAAUUUGGACCAUUUUCUGACAUUAAGCCUUUUUCUACAUAAAUUCAUACAAUUCAUUUAGAGAAUAAUACACCAAUGACUAUUUUUACAAAAGCUUCAAAAAUAGUGGAAGUGUCUCAUUGGGGAAAUAUAUUAAUAGAAGAAAAUUAUUCAAUAGAAAAUCAAGGAGCAAAGUUGAAAGGAGAAUUUGGUAGAGUGAAUUUCAAUAAAUACAAUCCUAAUGUAGGAAAACAUUCUUUAAAAUAAUUAUCUGCAUCUCUUCCUUAUGAUUCAUGGGGUGUUUAUUAUAAAGAUGAAAUAGGAAAUAUUUCUACAUCAAAUGCUGCUAAAGGGGUAACAUUAUUAUACAUGAUGAUUUUUAGAAACUUAAUGGAGAAAGUUAAGCCUUAAUUUAAUUAAGACCUAGAUUUGCUAUAUUUGGAGGAUGGAGAAGCAAUUUUACAUUAGGAUAUAAUUUACCAACUAAAAAGUAUUUAUUAUUUUAAAUUAGUUAGAUAUUUAGAAUAAGAUGGAAAUAAUUAUAGAUUAACCUUGAAUUUUUCAUUCUCUGUUAAAGAAAUGGUAUCUGAUAAAUAUAACUUUUAAAUUUCCUUACCUGAAGGAGCUUAUGAUAUAUAAAUUGAUUUACCUUUAGAUGUUUAAAGAAAUGAUACAUUAUUGUUUUCCUAUUUUGAUACAGUUGGUAGACCUACAAUCAUUUUAGAUAAAGCUACCACUAGUCAAUUUGAUAAUAAGAGAAUUAUUGUAAUUAUUAUAUAUUUUUAUUUUAGAUUACUUAUAAACUUUCUGGAUUAUCUAUUUUAAGAGAACCUCUAAUGAUUUUUGGAACAUUUUUAUUCGCCUUUUUAUUGAUAAUUUAUUUAAGAAGAUUAGAUUUGUAGACAUUAAAAUUAAAAGAGUGA